CUCGUUCCAGCACGAGACUGCGUGUGGAGUGAAGAAAUGCUUAAAGAAACUUCCCUUAAUCAUGGAGCUAUAAAUACUUACUACUUGGGGACACAAAACUACAUUGCAUAGAUUCCAUCUCUUUAUUCGUUCUUAUCAUCUUCUUCCUCCUCCUUCAUCUUCACCAUCAAAGGCUCUCUCUCUCUCUCCCUCUUUAUUCGGUACUAUCCUUCUCACGCAUAAGAAGACAAAAAUAAGAUGUGUGCCUUAACACCAAUAUUUCCAACAAGUAAGCGACAAGAAUGGUACUCUGCUUCAACAAUGGAGAAUCCAUGGUUGCAGUCUCAUCAAGAGUAUUCCUUCCCUCCUACUCUCCAAUAUCUUCCUUCUCUCCUUUAUCCUUCUUUCACCCAAUCAGAUGAAUCCAAGAACUAUCAUAACAUCAACAUGAGUCUUAGUCACAGCAAUGGUACUAACAGUAACAGUAACAAUGAUCAAGAAGAAGAUAGAGGAACACUUUUGGAGAAGAAACUGAAUCACAACGCAAGCGAACGAGACCGCCGUAGAAAGCUUAACGCCUUGUACUCUUCACUUCGUGCCCUCUUGCCUCCCGCUGAUCAAAAGAGGAAGCUGAGCAUUCCAAUGACGGUAGCGAGAGUGGUGAAGUACAUACCAGAGCAGAAGCAAGAGCUUCAACGUUUGUCUCGGAGAAAAGUAGAGCUUUUGAAGAGAAUCUCGAGAAAAACUCACCAAGAACAGCUGAGAAACAAAGCAACAAUGGAAUCUAUAGAUUCUUCUUCCUCCCAACCGAUAGUAGCAAAUUGGCUCACUGACACAGAGAUUGCUGUCCAGAUUGCAACAUCGAAAUGGACAUCGGUCUCCGACAUGUUGCUUAGGUUAGAAGAAAACGGGCUUCAUGUCAUAAGCGUAUCUUCUUCAGUUUCUUCCACCGCAAGGAUCUUCUCCACUCUGCAUCUUCAGAUGAUAGGAGAUUGCAAAGUGAGACUGGAGGAACUCAUCAAUGGUAUGCUCUUGGGAUUACGCCAGUCAUAAUGAGAGAUGAAGAGUUUCAAAG